GUGACCUGUUCAGGAAAUGAAAGUUCUCUAACUGAAUGUCAACACUCUGGAUGGGGAAACUACUACAGUGAACAUCACUACGACGUUAGUGUCAUUUGUUCAGCAUGCGGCAGGGCUGUGGAAAGCACAGAAAGUUGGCCCUGGCAAGUCACCAUAAGCCACAAUGGAGACUUUCUGUGUGGAGGUUCCUUAAUCACCAACCAGUGGGUGCUGACAGCUGCUUCCUGCAUAUCACAUAACCUGACAGAGGUCCAUCUCGGCUGCCACAGCCAGUCAGAUUUAAGCUCCAGCGAAAUGUCUCGAACGGUGGAAGACAUCAUCUGUCAUCCUGAAUUCAACAACAACACACAUGAGAACGACAUUUGUCUUCUGAAGCUGUCAGUUCCUGUGACCUUCACAGACUACAUUCAGCCAGUCUGCUUAGCCUCAGCAAGAAGCACUUUCCACAGUGGGACAAGCAGCUGGAUUACUGAAUUCGGUAACGAUUCCUUCCUGAACAUCCUGUGUGAAGUAAAUGUACCAGUAGUGGGAAACAAUGAGUGCCAGUGCUACUAUGAAAGUGAUAAAGUGAUCAUGAAGAAUAUGAUCUGUGCUGGGCUCAGCGCUGGAGAGAAGGAUUCAUGUCAGGGAAACUUAGGGGGACAACUAAUGACAAAGAGAGGAUUUGAAUGGCUCCAGAGUGGAGUUGUGACUUUUAAUGAUGACCAUGCAAGACCUGCAGUCUUCACUCGUGUGUCAGAGUACCAGAAUUGGAUCAAGGACACCGUCACUGGCACUCAACCAAACUUUGUUACCUUCACCUUGUCGGGCUCUGACAAUGACGUUUAUUUCACCUGUCCAACAUCAUCAACUCUUCCUGUCCCCACAGCUGUCACUACUGCUGUCCCCACCGCUGUCUCUACUCCUGUCACCACCGUCAUUACUGCUGUUUCCUCCAUUUUCCCUUCCACUUUUCCCACGACUGUUCCCAUGAUAGUCCCUACCCCUGACCCCACCACUGUCCCAACUACUGCCCACACUACUGUCCAUUCUAGUGUCCCCACAGCUGUCCCUUCUAGUAUCCCCGCCACUGCCAUUCCUACUGUCCCCACAACUGACCCUACUGCUGCUUAUUCUACUGCUGUCCCCACCACUGUCCCUACUGCUGCCCCCACCACUGUCACUACUAGUAUCCCUACUGCUUCUUCUAUGUUUGUGCCCACGGCCGAUCCUACUGCUGUUUCCCCUAUUGUCCUUUCCACUGUCCCCACUACUGUCCCUACUCCUGCCCCCAGCACUGUCCUUACGACUGCCCCUUCUACUGUCCCCACCACUGUCCCAACUACUGUCUCCACCGCUGUCCCGUCUACUGUCCCUACCAAUGUCUCUACUGCUGUUUCCCCCAUUCUCUCCUCCACUGUCCCCAACACUGUUCCCACCAUUCUCCCUACUGCUUUCCCCCCCACUGUCCAUCCGACUGUGUCUACCACUAUCCCCACCACUGCCCUUCCUACUAUUCCCACCAUUGUCCCUACGGCUGUCCCCACAACUAUCUCUUCUACUGUCCCCACCACUGACCCUACUACUGUUACCCCCAUUGUCUCCUCCUAUAUCCCCACCACUGUUCCCACCAUUCUCCCUACUGCUAUCCCCACCACUGUCCAUGAGACUGUGUCCACCAACGCCCUUCCUACUAUUUCCACUAUUGUCCCUACUGCUGUUCUCACCACUAUCCCUUCUACUGUCCCCACCACUGUCCCUACACCAGCCCCCAGCACUGGCCCCACCACUGUCACUACUCCUAGCCCCACCAUCUCCCCUACUCCUAUCCCAACCACUGUCCCCACCAAUGUCCCUACUGCUGUCCCUUAUACUGUCCCUUCUACUAUCCCCUCUGCUUCUUCUACUUCCGUCCCCAUGAGUGACUCUACUGCUGUUUCCCCUAUUGCCUCCUCCACUGUCCCCACCACUGUUCCCACCAUUCUCCCUACUGCUUUCCCCCCCACUGUCCAUCCGACUGUGUCCACCACUGUCCCCAGCACUGCCUUUCCCACUAUUUCCCAAAUUGUCCCUACUAUUCCCACCAUUGUCCCUACUGCUGUCCCCACCACUGUCCCUACUGCUGCCCCCACCACUGUCCCAACCACUGUCACUUCUACUAUCCCUACUGCUUCUUCUAUGUUUGUCCCCACGACCGAUCCUACUGCUGUUUCCCCUACUGUCCUUUCCACUGUCCCCACCACAGUUCCCACCAUUCUCCCUACUGCUUUCCCCCCCACUGUCCAUCCGACUGUGUCUACCACUAUCCCCACCACUGCCCUUCCUACUAUUCCCACCAUUGUCCCUACGGCUGUCCCCACAACUAUCUCUUCCACUGUCCCCACCACUGACCCUACUCCUACCCCCAGCACUGUCCCCACUGCUGUCCCUUCUAGUGUCCCCACCACUGUCCCUACUGCUGUUUCCCCCAUUCUCUCCUCCACUAUCCCCACCACUACUGUGUCUACCACUAUCCCCACCACUGCCCUUCCUGCUAUUCCCACCAUUGUCCCUACGGCUGUCCCCACAACUAUCUCUUCCACUGUCCCCACCACUGACCCUACUACUGUUACCCCCAUUGUCUCCUCCACUAUCCCCACCACUGCCCUUCCUGCUAUUUCCACUAUUGUCCCUACUGCUGUUCUCACCACUAUCCCUUCUACUGUCCCCACCACUGUCCCUACUCCAGCCCCCAGCACUGGCCCCACCAUUGUCACUACUCCUAGCCCCACCAUCUCCCCUACUCCUAUCCCAACCACUGUCCCCACCAAUGUCCCUCCUGCUGUCCCUUCCACUGUCCCUUCUACUAUCUCCUCUGCUUCUUCUACUUCCGUCCCUGUGACUGACCCUACUGCUGUUUCCCCUAUUGCCUCCUCCACUGUCCCCACCACUGUUCCCACCAUUCUCCCUACUGCUUUCCCCGCCACUGUCCAUCCGACUGUGUCGACCUCUGGCCCCGCCACUGCCCUUCCUACUAUUCCCACCCUUGUCCCUACUGCUGUCCCCACCACUGCCCCUUCUACUGUCCCUACUCCAGCCCCCAGCACUGUCCCCAACACUGUCCCUUCUACUGGCCCCACCACUGUCACCACUCCUAGCCCCACCAUCUCCCCUACUUCUAUCCCAACCAUUGUCCCCACCAAAGUCCCUCCUACUUUCCCUUCUACUAUCCCCAGUGCUUCUUCUACUUCUGUCCCCACGGCCGACCCUACUGCUGUUUCGCCUAUUGUCUCCUCCUCUAUCCCCACCACUGUUCCCACGAUUCUCCCUACUGCUUUCCCCACCACUGUCCCCACCACUCUCCCUACUCCCGUCCCCAGCACUGUCCCGACUACUGUCAUUUCUAGUGUCCCCACCACCUUCCCUACUGCAGCUUCCCCCAUUGUCCUUUCAUCUGUCUCCACCACAGUUCCCAAAAAUGUUCCUACUGCUGUCCUUACAACUGCCCCUUCUACUGUUCCCACCACUGUUCCUUUUACUGGCCCCACCACUGUCACUACUCCUAGCCCCACCACCUCCCCUACUCCUAUCCAAACCACUGUCCCCACCAAUGUCCCCUCUACUAUUCCUAAUGCUUCUUCUACUUCUCUCCCCAGGACUGACCCUACUGUUGUUUCUCCUAUUGUCCCUUCAGCUGUCCCCACCACUGUUUCCACCAUUCUCCCUACUGUUUUCCCCACCACUGUCCCCACCACUGCCCUUCCUACUGUUCCCACCAUUGUCCCUACUCCUGCCCCCAGCACUUUCCCCACUGCUGUUCCUUCUAGUGUCCCCACUACUGCUGUUUCCCCCAUUGUCCCUUCCACUGUCCCCACCACUGUUGCCACGAUUGUCCCUACCACUGUCCCUUCUAGUAACCCCACCACUGCUAUUCCUACUGUCCCCACCGCUGUCCCUACUGCUGCUUCGUCUACUGCUGCUUCUUCUACUGCUUUCCCCACCACUGUCCAUCCGACUGUGCCUACCACUGUUCCUACCACAGCCCUUCCUACUAUUCCCACCAUUGUCCCUACAGCCGUCGCCACCACUGUCCCUACUACUGUCCCCACCAGUACCUCCACCACAGAUAACAGUAAAAUUGAUAGUGGUGAAAACCUGGUCCACUUCACUCACUUCACCUCUCUCUGUGUUCUUCUUGUGUUGCUCCAUGUAUUUGUUGGACUGGUGGAAUAUAACUAA